AUGACGAGUGUUAUGGCGGAGGUAGGAACUGGGAGGCUGCGUGGGGGAGGCAGUCAUUAUGCAAGCAACCGGGUGAACAACGGCGCUAACGGUACUGUCCGGGCAGGAGGGGACACCCAACUGAUGUUGAGGGCCGGUGUUGAUGAUCUGGCAAGAGGAAUAAUACGCAGUUUUUCCCCGAGGUAUAACGCAAAUGCUGUUACCCUCCCCUCGACUGAAAAGAAAAGCAAAUCAAAGGUGGACAUACACAGUGAAGGGAAUAGUGCUAUAGAGGAGGGAAUCUCCCGCACACAUAAUUGUUCGCAAAAAAAAAAUAACCACGGGGAUGAAAAAGGAAGGGAUGUGCGUGGAAGUAAAAAAAAAAUUUACAUUAACGGGAAAACGUGCGCAAAAAAAAGCGGCACACAAAAUGAUUAUGUCGUCAACGAAUGGAACAAUGAACAAAUAAAUUUUAAUUUAAAAAAUGAAGAAAUCAGUUUUUUUGGAGAGGACCAAAAUAACAAAAUGGAUUAUGCACACCUGCAUGGGAAACACAAGACUGUUCCAAAUAGGGAACAAAGGCGGCAGGGGGGUAGUGAAAAAAAGAUAACCAGCAAUGGUCACAUGGUUAGUGAAAUAAAGCAGAGCGCACACGUGGGGGAUAUGUCCAACCAAAAUUUGAGUGACAAAAAGGAUGGAAAAAGUGUUGAGGCGAACCAUGUGGACAGGGGGCAGCAGCAUAAGGGGACCCUCCAGCAGGGGAAGAGAAAUCAUUAUAGUGAUGGGAAAUUUGUGAGGGAACAACCAAAUGCAAAUUAUUAUAAUAGAUUCGAUUACGUCAAAAGGGAAAGGAUGGUGGACCAUUAUAAAAAGUUAGACGCUGUUUACUCCAGCCAUAGUGGAAGGAGCAAUCGCGAUUAUCAUCAAAGGGGUAGCUACCGGAACGAACCCAUUGGUAGGGGAACAAAGGAUAGGGGACAUCAUUACUACCCUAAAAGGAGAACCGACAAGGCGGCACAAGGAGGAAGGAGAGAGCAAAAUGGAAAUAUACAUAACAGCGGUGAUGCGGUUCCCUCCCCUUUGAAUAAUCCCCACACACACGGCAGCAACACGGACAUGAAUUACCCCAGUAACAUUGUGAAGAGAAGGGGAAGCGGAAAAAAUACCAACUGUAAUCACACUGGUGAACAUGAAAAGGGGGGAAGACAAAAAGAAGUACGUGGGGUUGAGGUGGACCAAUUGGUGGACUCAUUUCAACAAAAUUUUGCACACACAAAUGAAGUCCAUCAUCCCAGUCAGGGGAAAACAUAUUCCCAAUUUAAUCUGAACGAGAAAUCAGAAGAACAUUUCACUUAUAGUCUUCACGAAACCAAUGAGAAAAGUACCUCCACGCUGGCAAAUAAUUAUUUAAACGAAUCUAACCAAGUCAAUAUGGUUGCAAAUAUUUGUACAAGGGCUCUACUUGAAAAAGAAACUGAAAGAGGCCAAAGUGGGUCAUAUUAUAUUCAUCAGGAGGUGAAAAAUAAUGACGUGGUGGAAGUGUCAAGGCCAGAACCGAACGGGCAAAACAUGAAUAACGAUGUGGAGAAAAAGGACAACAUAAAUAAGACCCCCAAUGGAGGUACCUACCAGAAGGAUACCCCACCGAUGCGAGGUAGAGAAAAUGCGAAUGACAAUGUGAGGAAAUUGAAGAGAGAAGAAGAAAAAAAAAAAGUAAUGAACUGGAAGAUGGAGGAACAGACGCUGCUUGAGGAAGGGUUGAGGGUUUACAAGGAUUUAAAAAAUUGCCCAGAAAAAUGGGAAAAGGUUAGCGCAAUUGUGAAGACCAAGGGUCCAGAGGACUGCUUGAAGCGGUUCCUCUACUGCAGGUUCAUCGUUCUGAAGGAGAAGAAAAAGAUGGAGGAGAAGGAGCUGCAGGAACGGCAGAGCAAACUCCAACCGAACGCACAGAACGAAGCGAACGAACCGGAUGAGGAAGGCAAUGAGCAGGCCAAUAAUGAGGAGCUCGAGCAGGACAUUGACAGCGACGAUAUGAACAUAAACAACAAUGCCAACAUAACGGGGAAGAGUCUUGUGCUUGGAAACGUCCACAUUAAAAAUAUAUCGCUGUACAAGGCCAUCCAGUUGAAGCUACAGCUGCUUUGCACCCGGUGCUGCAACACAUUUGAUGUCACCACGACGAGCAAAGAUGCACCCCAGUUAGUUUGCACCUGCGUGAACUGCAGCAGCAAUGCUGUUGUGGAAGUGUACAGAAAUAUUUGCUUCAUGGAGAACAGUUGCGUGUGUGUUUUGAAGUUUAACCAGUGCUCGCUGAUGGACUUGUUAAGUGGGGAUUACAGUGUGAAUUGCGACAGCUGCGGGAGGAAGAGCAUCCUGAAGAAUGUCACUUCAGGAAAAGAAAUGCACAUCAACUGCCAGAAGUGCUUCACCAAGCUGGAGUUCAAAUACAGCGGUUUCUCUUUUGACGAGAUAGUUAGCGCAAACAAUGCCGCGAUAAAAAAAAUCGAUGACAUGAUAAACAAACUUUUCACGAAAAAAAAGUCCAACAAAAAGGCUGUACCUACACCGAACAAUUUGAAGAUAGAAAAAUUCAAAAACGUUAUAAAAGUAAAUAAUAUAGAAGUGAAGGAUGGUGCGUGCAAGCAUUUUAAAAAGUCCCAUCGCCUCUUCAAAUUCCCCUGUUGUAACAAGAUAUUUCCGUGCCCCACUUGCCAUGAUUUAAAUAGCAACCACGAAUGUGGCAUUGCCAAGAGAGUCAUUUGCGGAUUCUGUUUCCGUGAAUUUGAUGAUGAUGAUGUGUGUGUAUGUCAGCGGGACAAGAAGACGAAGAAAGGCGGGAACUUCUGGGAGGGAGGAAAAGGAUGCCGCAACGCAAUCACGCUAAGCAAAAAUGACUCCAAAAAGUACAAGUUGUUGAACCGGCAAACUGUGCAGAAGAAAAAGAAGAAGUAG